AUGACCACCAACCAGCCCCUAGGACCAGAAGUCCUCAUCCCGCCAGCACAACCACCAACCCCCCACCCUCUCCCUGGCCGGACCAUAACUCUACACCCCAUCCAAGAAUCCCACGCCGGGGAACUCUGGGAACUUGUCGGCGGCGCCACCAACCCCCGAAAAGCCUCGGUCUGGACCUACCUGCCCGAAGGCCCCUACCCGGAAAGCACAUACCCCGAAUUCGAAGCCUCCAUCCACAGCAAAACUACCAGCAAAGACCCCCUCUUCUACACGAUCCUCGACAACCGCACGCUAAAGCCCCAAGGCUGGAUCACGCUCAUGAGCAUUGUGCCCGAGCACCUCCGCAUCGAGAUCGGGAAUGUGCUCUUCGCCCCGGAACUACAGCGCACGACCGGCGCCACCGAGGCUGUGUAUCUGUUGCUGCGGUAUGCAUUCGAGGAGCUGGGGUAUCGACGGGUGGAAUGGAAGUGUAAUGAUCUCAAUGAGGGGAGUAAGCGGGCGGCGAGACGGUUGGGGUUUGUGUUUGAGGGUGUGUUUAGGGAGCAUAUGGUUGUUAAGGGGAGGAAUAGAGAUACGGCGUGGUUUUCGUUGCUGAGGCCGGAGUGGGAGCAGGGGGUGAAGGGGGGUUUGGAGGGGUGGUUGCAUCCGGGGAAUUUUGAUGAGACGGGCAAACAGAGGAGGGGGUUGGAGGGUUUGAGGGAAGAGAUUUUGGGGUCUGUGUCGGGUAGAUAG